AUGCCCCCUGCUGCAAGACCUCAUUCUCAUCUUACUCAUAGACACAUCGGACCAGCAUCGACACCAUUCAUCGAUGCCUCUCUAUCACGUUCCGCUUCUCCAGACCGAACUGCUCAAAAACGACUAUCAUCCGGAGACAACCUCACACUUCAGCCUGACGAGAUAUAUGACAAGACUGAGGGUCCUCCUAGGUCUGGUGAUAUCCAUCAAGAACAAGUAUCUAACGAACCCUCACAGGCUGCACCACUCCCCUCGAUGAUGACUGUGGGGAUCUUAUUACUAAUCACCUCUGCGACUCUAUGGAUUUUCGGAUUCUGCAUACUUUUAACUCCUCCUAACGGCCGAUCAUCUUCAUCUUCAUCAUCUACAUCAAACUGGAUCGAAAAAUUCUCGACUGAUAAUCAUUACAAAUAUCUUUUCCCACUUCAGUUUACACUUGGAUUGGUAUUUGUGAUUGUUAAUUGGGGCGGCUUGAUCUUCGAUAAGCCUCUGAGAAUCCGAGAUGAAGGGAUUGGAUACCCGUCUUUUUCCGGAUUACUAAAAUGUAUUCAUAUCCUUAGUAUGGUUACCCGCAAUCCCUCAUCUUGGAGUGCUCUGUUGGAAGUCAGGGUAGAGUGUGGAUGCAAUUGUGAGAGUAAAUUCAUGAAAAUCUACCUAUGCGUUUUCAGAAUAAGAUGCCCAGAAAUUGAAUAUCUUGCAACAGCAUCAUAA